AUGGCUCCUUAUGAGGCACUUUAUGGAAGGAAAUAUAGAUCACCUAUUCAUUGGGAUGAAGUAGGACAAAGAGAAAAAAUGGGUCCAGAAAUUGUGAAGCAUACAACAGAUCUAGUAGCCAGAAUCCGGGAUAGGAUGAAGACUGCUCAAAGUCGACAGAAGAGCUAUGCUGACAACAAAAGAAGGGAUCUCAAGUUUGCAGUUGGUGAUCAUGUUUUCGUGAAAAUAGCACCUAUAAAGGGUGUUAUGAGAUUUGGAGUACAUAAUGUGUUCCACAUCUCGAUGCUUCGUAAGUACAUGUCGAAUCCUUCACAUGUGCUAAAUUUUGAACCACUGCAGCUUACACCAAAUCUAUCUUAUGAGGAGAGGUCUGCUCGAAUAUUGGGCAGACAAGAGAGAAGGCUACGAAAUAAGGUUAUAAAAAUGAUCAAGGUUAAGUGGCAAAUUCACUCGGAGGAAGAAGCUACUUGGGAGACUGAGACCGACAUGAGGAGUCGCUACUGGGAAUUAUUCGGUGACUUAUAA